AUGAAUCAAACCAUAAAAAAUAUCAGUCUAAUACCGGUUGAUGCAACAAAAUGUGAAGAUCACGAAGAAGUUUCAUCAACUAAUAGAAAUUCCUAUCGGCGAAUCUUUCAUUCAAAAAUGCAUCUCAAACAAUUUAUUCUCUGGAUUGUUAUUUUUAUCUCCUUGUUGAUCAUAUCUGGUCCGCUUGCACUUCACGUGUCCUAUGCAGUACCAACAGUUAAAUCACGAUCUGUUUCUCAUGACCAAUUCAGUGAACAACGUGCUCUUGAUUAUUUGAAUAAUUUAACACAAUUUGGAUCACGAGUGCGCAAUACACGUGGAAAUUUCCAAGCACGGGAUUAUCUCAUUUCUGAACUUCAUCGUAUCAAUUCAAGAAACAAACGACAUCUUUGGUUUCAAAUUGAACUUCAAAACUUUACCGAUGCCAAAGAAAAUCUCCUACAAAACGUUCUUGUUCGUGUAUCAAAUGCCAGUCAAAUGAAGAAACACAUGCCGAGUCUUAUGUUAAGUGCUCAUUAUGAUUCUGUUGAGUUCAGCCCUGGAGCCUGUGAUGAUGGCACUGGCGUUGUCACUAUACUCGAAUUAUUAUCCAAUCUAGUUCACGAUAGCACAACCACCUUUUCCACCAUGGAUCUGAUUGUUUUGUUUACCAAUGCGGAAGAAUCUGGUCUAGUAGGUGCGAAAGCGUUUGCCAAUCACCAUCGUUGGCAAUCCGAUAUUCGUUUUUUUAUCAAUGUUGAUUCGAUGAGCUGUAAUGAAGUAGCUUUUUUAAUGGAAAUGACCCAAUCUCAGCUUGCGAUCGAUUACAGUCGAGUGGCAAGACCACGUGCUAAUGUUAUCAACGAGUUGAUACCCCUGUUGUCUCUAUGGGGUACGGACUUCGACGCGUUGCAUUCGAAUCACACUCGAUCAGGAUUCGAUAUUGGCUUUCUUCUUGAUGGCUAUACCUACCAUACUCCGCUUGAUCAGCCAAUAAGAAUUAAACAAGGUAUUGUCCAAGAUUUAGGAGACAAUCUUGGUAUCUUGAUCCGAAAUCUAUUUCAAAAAGGAAAUGUUUCCCUGUCAGGAAAUAUGACCGAUACAGAUUUAUUGAUUUACUUUGAUGUACUUAGCCGAUAUUUGAUUAUAUAUAAACAAUCGACAUCGAUAUUAAUUCAGAAGAUUUUAAUUAUCCUGACAAUCACUAUCAGUAUACUUCUCAUUGUUUGUGAUCACAUGCGGCAUCGAAAAGAAAGAACUCGAUUAUGCAAUGAUCGUCAAUGCAUCUAUUUCUAUUUUAAAUAUCCAUUUUGUGUUCGUAUUGUAUCCAUCAUUAUGUAUUUCAUCACGAAUAUUAUUUCGAUCAUUGCUGGUUUCGUAAUCUCAAUAGUUUUCGCAUGGAUUAUGUCAAUCAUUCGAUCCAUUGGAUGGAAUGGUAAUGCAGUACUGGCGAUGAUUCUUUUCAGUUUACCGUAUCUUAUUGGAUUUUUUCUCGGUGGAUGGCUAGGCGAUCGGUGUCUUCGGUUUCUCCUUCGAAAAGUGCCGAGAAAUAUCUCGGAAGUAAACGGCAAACAUGUAACAAAUGUUCACUUUAAUUUCGAACAAAACUUAUCCAUUUUGUUAAUCUAUUGUUUAUUGAUGAUCAUCUCCGUUUCAUUCAAUCUCCGAACACUCUACUUCAUUCUUAUUUGGACGAUUUUCAUCUGUCCGAUUUAUCUUUGCGUGAUGAUCAUUGAAUGCAUUUUCCAUUGGAAACCAACACAAUCGACAUUAUUGAAACACAAGUCCUAUUGGUUAUAUUUACCACUGAUCGUUUCAUUUUUCCCCUUGAUGCAUACAAUCGGAACAAGCAACUAUCUCAUACGUCUUCUCAGUCCUACUAUAAUGAAAAUUUUCACCUAUAAACUUUUAUUCAAAGCCAAUCUAGCCAUGAGCGGAUUUGCUCUGGUUCCAACAUUAUUUACUACAUUAAAUCUUGCUUCAAUAACGCAACGAAUUAGAUGUUUCAGUUGGAUAUUACUCAUUCUUUUCGCAAGUUUCCUGCUUACUUGUUUCAUAACUAUCAAUCGUCAACCAUUCGACAAAGAUCAUCCACAUGUUCUGCAUGUGAAUCACACAUCAACGUCGAUUUAUCGCGUUGCAAAUCUAACCAACGUGCCAAUGAUCGUUCCACUCCAAUCGCAAUCAGCGUUAAUCGCAAUUGCAGCUUUUUAUGGUCGAGCUCUAUCGCCUAUCCUAGAUCGAUUCUCGGCUGAAAAGAAUUACGAACUACAGAAUAAGACCUGCCGCUAUCCAAUCUACUGUACAUUCAACGAUACAUUUAAUCGUACAAUGUCCAUAAAACAGAUCCGGAUAGCAUCAGUCGACAAGAGCCUGAUGGCUUACAAAAUUAUUAUUCAACACGUUUUAUCAUACAAUAUUCAUAUUUCGUCAACAUCAGAUGUGCAACUGACUAUUUGGAAUCGAUUUCAUCUUCCGAGAACAGAAACAAUUAUUGAUGUUACACUAAAUUCGUCUGGGACGCGAUUAGUUCAACUCGAUAUCAACAUUCGACGAUGUGACAUAUCCGAUUCGCCUUUCUUGGUAUCUCUCACCCAAUUCAUGUCCGAUAGAGUUGUGAUGGGUGGUGGUAAUUGUUCUGCAAUCAAUGAUUACGCAACGCUGACAAUCGAUGGAACAUAG